AAAUACCAGAAAAACCUGGCGGAAAGAAUACACGAACAUGAUAUAGAGAUAGAGAAAGAAAAGGAAAUGAAAAAAUCUGCUAAGAAAGUUAUAGAUGGUGAUUCUUUGGAAAGUGAGAAGAAAGAAAAUGACAAAAAGAUAGACACUCAAGUAAAUGAUGGUAACCAUGAUGAAAAAGACAGCAUUAAAAGAGAUGAUUCAGUCACAUACACUCUUGACAAGGCAAUGGAUGAGCUUAGUAUAGAAACGAAUGACAGUAGAAAUGACCAGGAAAUGUCUAGUGGUCAUGCAGGUAAGGUAACUGAUACAGAAACUACUAACAAUAGUGUUGAUGAUGUUGUAAUUGAAAAGACCACAGUCAAAGAAACAAUUAAACACAAUGUGAAAAAUUCAUCUGAAUCUAAAAGUUCUAAAAGACAUAAAGAAGUUGGUCCAAGUAAAUCAAAAACAGAUUACCUAAUGCAGUUACUUGAUAAGAGAAAAGCACUUCUAAGUAAGAUGGCAGAUAUUCAAAAUGAGGAAAACAAUGUGAGUGCUGUGACUAAGCAUGGAGAAGGAUCUGAUAUCAUUAGUGAUAAAAUUGAUAGCAUGGAGACAACAAAGGGGGACAUAGAAUGUGACAAUAUUGGUGAUAAGACUAAAACUGUUGAGAAAAGAGCAGAGAACAAUACUAAUAAGAAGGAAAAAGUUGAUAUAAUUGAAAUACCAGAAUCCAGUGCUACUAAACCAAAAGAAGACGCUCUACCUAGACAUGAAGAACAUUCUGAAAUUAAAACUUCUGAGAAAAGUUAUUGUAAAUCUAAAGUAGAAAAGAAGAAAGGCAAAAGUUUUGUAAAUGACAUUGCUUGUGACAAUCAAAAGAAGACAAAAUCUUUGUCAGUAUUAGAUUUAAUCAGUAGAGGGGUUAGAUCUUGGAUCACUGACAAAACCAUAGCCUAUUUAAAAGUUGACGAUGAUAAUGAUGGGGAUAUAGAUGAGACAAAGUCUGCUAACUCGGUGUUUCAGAAACAGUACAAAGCUCUUGUAGCUAAAGUGGAUGCACAGGAGAAAGAUUUUGACGGACUGCUUGGUGAGGAGACAAUGGAUUCAGAUUUUACAGACAAGCCCUCGGCACCAUUACCACAUUUUGAAGUUCUCCGCGAAGAAUUGGAAGAAGAUCAGAUCCGAGUCAGAGAGUUUAUGAAGGGAUCUUUUACAUACAAAGUUCAGGAGAAACAAACUUUUAAAAAGGACGAUGGUUCAGACAAGGUUGUGUUACCAACUGUCGACAGAUAUGAUCAAAUGUUGAUUAGACAGAAGAUAGUUCUUGACAGAAUAAACAGAAUAUUACCAGAUAUUUUACCACCAUUGCAUUUGCUGGUACAAGAUAUAUGUACAGAGUUGAAGGAACUCAUUUACACAUUCAAUUUGACAAGUAACAACAUCCUCUUUAAGCCUGCGGAAUGGACCAUAAUCACUCUUAUACUACUUAGAAUGUUAUCAAGAAAGAUGGUGACAGUACAGAGAAGUUUUACGAGCCCAGGUGCCGAGAAAUAUUUCAUCGUAAUGUUAUCCAGUAUUGGUGGGAGUAUAGAACAAGUGGAUGUUGUUGUUAACAAAUUAUUAACAUUUGAACAACCUAGAGACGUCUAAAAUAAUACAAAAUGGGAGGAGUGGUUUAUACAAUAUGACAUUAUAUAGAGGUAGUGUCGUCCUCUUGACUUAGUGUCGAAUUCUUGACGUAGUGUCCGUCUUUUGACAAGUGUCAUCCCCUGACUAAGUUUAAAGAAAUUCUAACCCUACUGGUGUUCCAGUAUACAGACUAAAAUGUGGUUUAAAGAACAUCUGACCUUUCAUUUCAAUCAAGCUCAAGUAAAUGCCAUUUAAAUGAUGAAUUAAUUUUGUGAAAAAUUAUUAUUGACAAUGAUUAUUUGUUAUCCCCCGCCGAUGAAAUCGGGAGGGGGAUAUAGUUUGGGCGUUGUCCGUCCGUCCGUCCAUCCGAAUUUCGUUUCCGGAGUAGUUCUCUGCAACUACUGGCUGGAAUUCAACGAAAAUUUAUGGGAAUCAUCAAUAUCAAGAGGAGAUGAGCAUAUCGUCGGCUUGUUCGGGUCCGACCCUUUAACUCAGAGUUAUGGCC